CUGGAUGAACGAUCCAAGAUUCGUGCAUGGUUGCCCGAGAAGGGCUUUGGGCACGGCUCUUGACAGAGCUCAUGGCACGGUAGUCUAGGCUGACCCACGUGCUUCAGUCUCCCCCUUCUCAUAGCUGGGUGGCCUCCUCUAAAUAUAGCCCUGGGGAUGAGCUCAGGCCUAAUUCAGGCCCCGUUUGGGAAGCAGCCAGGGCCUUCUUCAGGCUCCCAGAGGGGCCACCGCUGCCUCUGUCCAUUCCUGCUACUGGGUACCCGUACCGGCCCCGCGACUGCCCACCACCCGCCAUGCCCGAGGAGAGCCAAGAAGACUCGGCGGUGGCACCCACGCAGAACCAUAGGCCGGGGGCGGCCCUGGCCCCCAGCCCCGCGCCGGAGGAGGAGGUGCGGCUGCACCACGUGGACUCCAUCAGCGACCUGCACGGCGGAGGCCUGCGGCGCCCCUAUCUGGCUGAGGAGGCGCGGCCGUGGGACGAGCUGCUGGGCACGCUGCCCCCGUCGCUGUGCGCCCCGGCGGGCCAGGGCCCCGCGUGCGGCCGAGCGGGGCUCCUGCUGCUGCUGGCGCUGCUGGUGCUCACCUGCCUGGCGCUCUCCAUCCUGGCGGUGUACCUGAGUGUGCUGCAGAGCGAGUCCCUGCGGGUGCUGGCGCACACGUUGCGCGUGCAGGAGGAGACGCUGCUCAAGCUGCGCCUGGCCAGCCUGGCCCAGCUCCGGAGGCUCAACGCCAGCCUGGCCCGCGCGCCCAGCUGAGGCCCCGG